UAACGGACCUGACACGCCCCGUGGAUUUUUGGCUGUGUAGUCAAGUCUUCUUUUGAGGGAUCUUUUGCACACAUAUACCAGCUGUAUCAUCACUCUACAUCCAGCUGUAUGGUCUCAUCCCAGCCCAACUCUACCGUCUCAUCCCAGCCCAGCUCUACCGUCUCACUCUACCAUCCAGCUGUAUCGUCUCAUCGCAGCCCAGCUCUACCGUUGCACUCUACCAUCUCUCUCAAAGCAGGUUCGUUCGUGUCGUGAUUAUAAAAUGGCGUUUGGUUACUUUUUAUCCUAUUUUAUGGAUUUUGCUGUAUACCGUACUUAUUCGAUUUAAAGCGACCCUCCAAAUAUGCGACACCCUCGAUCUUUUCCAAUUUUCUGACCUCUAAAAAUAGCGACUGCAGCAUUCACAAUUAUUUUUUUAUGUCGCGUCCUAAAUAGAGGUCAAACCGCAGCCUCGAUUCCAGGCCGCAAGAAACAAUGUAAUUUAAGCGGUCUAUAAUCGAGGACAGUAGAAUAACCUCCAAUUAGAUGCGACCAUAGAUAGUAGAGGGGAGGGAUUGGAAACAUCUCAGGUGACCAAUGUAUUGCCCUAGAGAAUUCUGACACCAUGCGUGUUGCAUUCCGCAAGUAUUGAUUGCGAUUGAUUGCGAGCCAGAUGCAAAAACAAAAGAGAAGAAAGUGAAGAAAACUGCAGGGUACUCAGAAAAUCAGAAAAUCUGCCAAGACCCUUUUGUAUGCCAAUGGCAGGGGGGAGGGACACAUGAUAACCCCACUGUUAUGUAUUAUGAUUAGUAAAUUCUUUUGCAAGAGCUAAACAGUGACCGAGGACGAGAAUACACCAUUGCCUAAAAGGGCGUCAGGCUCAUAAAAAUUAUGUUUUGUGUUUGUAAACAUCAAAAUUGUGUGAUUGUGUGAAAGUCAUAAUGUAAUGAAGCAGUCUAUAAUAAUGAACAGUGCCUAGUACUAGUAGAUACCAUAAAGUAUAAUAAUUAUCGAGUUCCUAGAUUUAAUUUCUUUGUAAAUGCAUGCCUUGUUAUUUUCAAGGUUUGUUUAGAAUGUGUAAUCUCCACUCAAGUAUUUGCAAAGAGAAAAGUGUCAGUCAUUCGGAUGUACAGCAGCAACCAGAGCAACUACAUGUAGCUAAGUAGUUGAUCAGCAUCUAUAAGCAGCUUUUCCCCCAAUCUCCUCCCAUUAAAUUAACUUCCUGUCAAUUUCCGGUGCGACACGCAUGGGUCGCGUGAAAUCCUUGUGUUUCCAAUCCCUCUCCUCUACUAUCUAUGAUGCGACCCUCUAAAUAUGCGACACCAGGACUUCAACAUAAUUUUUCAACCUCCAAAAGAAACGACCUCUGGCUUCGUAAUUAUUUAAAAGUAUCGCUUUAAAUCGAAUAAGUACGGUAGUUAAGUUCACACAAACUUCCAACGUAGGAAAUAAUAAAUAAGUAUUGAGGUAUACUGUUACUGUAGUGCUAGGAAACCAAUGGUGUCGACGCAUACACCCUCUCCUACGAGUGUACGUGGCAUAUCCCCAAAAUAACUUUCUUUUCACUUGCCUGACUAUGUCCUGUUAUAUGAACCACUGCAUACCCAUUUGAAGUUUAUGAACAUACGGCAAGCUCUUAAUAUAAACUACUAACUACAUGCAUUUAACAGGAUUGGCGUACACUGGGCAGUGAGAACAUUAAAAGGGCAUUAAGGGGCGUGGUGCCCUGCUUCAAUUAUUGUUGCCCGAAUAGCCGGGGUUGACGCUUUGAAGCGUCAAUAGGUGAAUAGCUGGUAGCCACGAUUGCCGCACAUUACUCUACUUUUAAUUAAUUUGUGAUGAGCUACAACCUUCCAGAGGUACACAGCUUUGCAAGGCUUCUCUCGAAGGUCAACAGAAGCCGUACAGAGUCUGAUCAUAGAUAAAAGAGAAAGGGAUUGGCAACGGGGGCUGUUCACGUGAUGCUUUUACAUUGAAUGUACACAGAUGGGCCUGAAACCAUCCGUGUUUCGCCCCACGAAAACCCGGGAAACUUAUUGCCUACUUCUCAAAGACCCCUCCAACACUUAAACACAUGCCCCCUGAUGGUAGGUAUCAUUUAGAAAUGGAUAAAAUAUAAUCUUGAUUUUCGUGAAGUAGCUAGAGGUACACAAGCCUCUGUCAGAGUCCUAUAGCACCUAUGAUAUAGCUAAGGUUGUGUUACCAAGGGCGUAUGAAGAGAAGAGGGCAUGCAACUCACAAUGUAAACUGCGUAUGCGUCAAAAAACUUGGUGUUACUAAGUAGUGUCAAGGGCGUAUACAGAGAAGAGGGCAUGCAACUCACUAUGUACCCUACGUACUCAUCCGACUUUGUAUCAGAGACCGGAUAUGCUAAAAAUAGAAUCCAGUAUACGGACGUGAACAAGUGGGCGGUGUUGUUUACAGAGUUAUAAUUAUGGGCGUGUACAUCAGAGCUGCCUUUUGCUAGCUAGCUAGCUAACAUGCACAGUGCAGUAUUAUUUUAGAGAAAUGUCAUGACCAGUCCUAGUCCAGCCAGGUCCAAGACAACCCCUUCGAGCGGGAAGUUAAGUGCUGGGCGCAUUGUUAAGAAGUACCAGAGACUCAGGAAGACAGGUUUAUUGUACCUAGGUAUCAGCUUGGAGUUGCAACUGUUGGAUGGUUUGCCUUUGCCUUUGACACUGCUAGUACGAGCCAUACUGCUGCUGCUGAGAACUAGUUUUACUAUGCUACAAUCGAGCUAGCUAGCUACCUAGUACCUGCAGAUACAUAAUGAUUUACCUUGUGCGGUCAAAGGUUACGCGUAGGCGUUUUUGUGGGCAGUUCUAAAAAUAGCUCAAUACGAAGUCAGAUGAUUCUGAGAAUAGGGCGAGUUGCAUGCCCUCUUCUCUGUAUACGCCCUUGACUGUACUGCGCAUGCGAACUAUAUAUGGGUAGUGGAGAUAUCUUAGUAAAUUAGUCAGUAUAUUGCACAGCGAAUAGCCGCGGUUGACGCACAUUACUCUACUCUUAAUUAAUUUGUGGUGAGCUUCAACCUCCCAGAGCUCCACAGCUUUGCAAGGCUUCUCUCAAAGGUCAACAGAAGCCUUACUGAAUCCGAUCACCAUAGGUUAGAAAUUAAAAAUUUGCUGAAAUUUUCAUGUGAAAUUUGUAUUUAAAUAUCAAUCUCAAAAGUGAACAUACAUUACAAAUUAAAAUUAGGUACAACAUGACAAAUAGGCCUCUGUACACAGGGGAUGAGGUACUCUUAGGUAUCCUGGAUAGUAGUCACAGUCCUUCUCAUGCGUGUUAAGGUUAGGAUAUAGUGUUUCGCCCACGCCAGAAAGUGGGCGUUCCCGCUCAGCAUCUGUACUAGAUAGGCGUGCCCGUCCCUAGCCAUAAAAUGGGGGGACGGGUUUCAGCCCUAUCUGUUCAUUAUUCUGACAAUGGCAAUUAUGCACCUAUCAAUUUCAGUCCCCAUGCACUAUACUACCCCCCAUGCGGGCUAUGUCGGGGUUUAGUGGGGAUUUUAUUUACAUCAAUAUCAACUGCCCCACGAAUCAAAUCCCCAGUCGGGCAGCAACUGGAUGGCUAGCAAAUGGCCAAGCCAAGAAAACCCGGAGCAAGUGAUAUGUGGAUUUUUAAAAAUUCUUUGUAAUAUUCAAUAAGCACCGCUGAAAGUGUAUGAAGAGGAGUAUCCAACUGUAGCAGUUGCAGUGUAAACCAGGUUCCGGUACGAGUAUGGUAUCCUCACUAUCAGACCUCAUAUUAAGUGGGUGCGAGUGGGUGCGUAGGUGUAGUGGUUAAUUAGUUAAAAAUGAUAUCAACAUACACACGUGUGGUUUGUACCUCCAGCCCACAUUUAAUUUUAUUCAUGGCUAACAGUUUACACAACUACAAAUAUUAGUGACGGAAUUAGUCCGGGAUGUAGAAUGGAAUGUGCGUGGGAGUCGCAAUACUCAUCUUCAUACACUCCUGAGUCUAGCUAAUGACAGCUAGUCAGGUGUUAUAAUUUUACAUAUAGAGAAGUCACAUGAUUAAUGAUGCGUAGCGCAAUUGAUAAAUAGACGUGAUGACGCGUGGCCCAACUAGAUUAGAGUAGCCUAUAAAUCAAUCAGAUUGCUGUAUUUGUGACUAGAUAGUAGAAUCAACUGGAUCAAUGUAUCUAUUGUCUAUACUAAAAUCGGGCGGCUGAGUGUUUGCAACUUAUCUUUUGCCCUUUGUAGGGUGUCUAGCAAGAGCAGAAAAAUGGAUGGAAAUGAUGGAAAUGAUCCCAACCCAACAUCUCAAACUCCACAGCAGUCAAGGCAUGAAACAAACGCUUACCUGAAAAAACCAUCCUCAAGUGCUGUGGCAAACGCUGUUAUUCUAUCCGACUUGCCUUUCUACAAUGUAUUCAGUAAAUCGAAACAGGAGUUGUAUUCAUUGCAUGAUAUCGCCACUGAUUUAAAAUUGAUAUACGAACGGGAUGCGAUUAACAGCGAUGCUCUUGCAAAGCUAUGUUUUAAGAAGAUCUUAAAAGAUUGUCGUGUUCCGAAUGAAUGGGGCGUGCAAGGUAAUCACGAAAUACAAUUUUUAGCCCGCAUGACGGAUUUUCAGUUCUCUUCAAAAGAAAGACCAGACAUAAUUAUCUGCAACGAAGACAGAACAGCGAUCGCUCUAACAUGCGAAGUGCAGUCAUCAUCUACAAUGUUUGGGACAGAGCAAAAGGCAAUUUUAGGCGCCACCAAUUUACUGAGAAAUUUCCGUGAAACACACAUUGAUAUCACCUCAGUAACAGUGUUUGCUAUUCCGAACACAUACAGCAAAAACUGCGUCAUCGAAAUUGUAGUUAAAUGGAAAAAUUUAAUUUUUGAUGUAAAGGAAACACAAUUCCGAGAAGUACUCCCUGCAAUUAAACGGAUCAAAGAUGUAAUCAAAUUGAAUUGCAGUGAUCUGCCCCGAUCGCAAUUGUCAGCCAAAACAGAUUAUUUCAUUAAGUUGUCUCCAACUGAAUUGGCACUUUUUGCAGCCCCACAAAAACAACUGUUGUCUCAAACACACCUAGUUAUUAAAUCAGGUGAUACAGUGUUCAAGGUUUUAUACCAAACUGAUGCAGCUGCUUCCCUGCGGUUUGUAAUGAGAGUAUUUGCAGACGAAGACGAAAAACCCCAAUUUGUUUAUAAGCUAAAAGAUAGUAGGUUGAAAUCCAGUCCUAUGUUAGAUGUUAUAUCAUACAAGUUUUUGAAGUUUGAUCACUUACACAAAUCGGAAGCUAAGUCUUGUUGUAGGGAAUUUGUCGAAGGAAUCAAGAUCGCACUAGAUGAAUUACAUGAUAUGGGUAUUUCGCACAACGAUGUCAGACUAGAAAACAUGUUGUUUAAUGCUAACUAUGUACCAACCCUUAUUGAUUUGGAUCGAGCCCAGCCUGUAGAUGUCUUGUUCUCGUACUUCAAUAAGCAUGAAAGUUGUAUGUACUCGUUUCCAGCAGAUGUUUCCGAACGUUUCGAAACCGGCAUACAAACAGACUAUUAUCAGCUGGGGUGGUUAGUCGCCGCAGUACUGACAAAAGAAGAGGAUGCAAAUGCUAACUACCAUAACAGAAAAUGGAAUACGGAACCAGCAUACAUAAGAAGCAACAAAUUUAUAGCCUCCCUCAUUGAACAAGGGAUGUACAAUCCAUCUCUUCUAAAUGAGUUACCACCAGACACAAAAACAAUACAACAAGUAUUGGAAGAUAGACUCUGAACUCUGAACUUGUUUAUUUUGGCCAUGCUUAUCAAUUUUAUUUCUUGAUUGUU